AUGUCACACCACAAGAUCAUAAUCAUGCCAACAGAAGAAGAACUGUAUAUAUAUGUUCGUGCUUUGGAGAUAAAGCGUCGCUUUUAUCCUUUCGUCGACUGGCAGCUGGCCUUAGAACUCGUUCUGGAUGUGACUCCGCUGGCCCUAAUAAAAAUCACCAUUCAAAAUAUGCCCGGCGGGCUGCCAACGCGUGGCAAAUCCAUUUCAAUGCCGGAAUACGAGGGUCGUUUUGGAGCAGGUCACGAUCGGCGAGAUGUUUUGUUGACCGUUGGGCACGUGGCCGGCGAUGAGAUGCGG